AUGUCAUUCACCGAAUCUGCACCACCUCAAUCUAUUGAGACUGGCCAUCAGGAUGUUAUUCACGACGCACAGCUAGACUACUACGGAAAAAGAUUAGCUACAGCUUCUUCAGAUCGCACUAUCAAAAUCACAGAUAUCACGGACGCUCCUUCAUCGACAUAUACCAACUCAAACGCAGUUAUCUUGCAAGGCCAUCAGGGUCCAGUAUGGCAAGUCGCCUGGGCUCAUCCAAAGUACGGUUCUAUACUAGCCAGCAGCAGCUAUGAUGGCAAGGUUUUCAUUUGGAAACAGGAAGGUGCGAACUGGACGCGUAUAAAGGAUCAUACCUUGCACACAUCUUCAGUAAACUCCAUCAGCUGGGCACCACACGAGCUUGGCCCUACUUUAGCCUGUGCUAGUUCAGACGGUAACGUCAGCGUACUCACUUUCCACAACGACGGUACUUGGGAUGCUUCAAUGUUGGCUGCCCACAAGUUGGGUGUUACUUCCGUUAGCUGGGCUCCUGCAUCAUCCAAUUCGAAUAUUACUGCACCAGGCAGUGCUAAUGCUAGCGCUUUAAGUCACAAAUUGGUAACUGGUGGUUGCGACAGUCUGAUAAAAAUAUGGUCACUUAAUUCAGAAACAAAACAAUGGCAAUGCGAUGAUACGCUCCAGACGCACACUGAUUGGGUCAGAGACGUUGCUUGGUCACCUAACGUUGGACUCUCAAAGCAAUACAUUGCGUCUGCAUCACAAGACAAGACAGUCUACGUCCACACUCAGCAAAUCGCAAAUGGGGAGUGGAGCUCGACAAAAAUAGAUUACGACUUUAAAGACACCGUAUGGAGACUGAGCUGGUCACUCUCGGGUAAUGUUCUCGCCGUAAGCGCUGGUGAUGGCAAAGUUACACUCUGGAAGGAGAACUUAGAAGGCGUAUUCGAACUGGUUAGUGAUGUUAAUUGA